CAUUAAAGUGAUGAUAAUAUUGUUUACAAGUGUUUUUGACCAGAAAAAGGAGAUAUUAUUGUGAAAUGAACAUAGUGAAAAAACAACAACAACAACGUGUAGAGACACUUGAGAGAAAGCUUAUUAAUUAAAUGUUAUGGUGGAAUAUGUAAACAGAUUUUAGAUUUUUUUCCUCGGUUUUCAUAUAGUUUCGUGUGAUAUGAUGGAAGAAACAGACACUAGCCACAUUUCAGGUGGCACUGAUAGAAAGAUAAAGGUCACCGUGGUCGGUGAUAGUGGCGUCGGCAAGACAUGUUUGCUAAUGGCAUUCGCUAAUAAUAAAUUUCCUGACGAGGAUAUAUGCUGUCAAAGUUUGUUUGAAAAUUCAAAAGGAACAGUAAGAGUUGGCAGCGAAGGGUCGUUUGAAGUACCAGUUACUAUGGAAACAGAGGACGGCCAAAUUGAGCUUGGCCUUACAGACACUAUUGGCACAGAAAAUUAUCGUUCCUUGCGCGAAGUGUUCGCAGCAAAUUCGGAUAUAUUUCUCGUCUGCUUUAGUGUAACCGACCCACAGACGCUUGCAAAUGUCAAAGAUAAUUGGUUGAAUGAAAUAUGUGAGUUGACUCCUGGUGCUCCUUUUAUUCUUGUGGGAACUAAAACAGAUCUCAGGGAGAACGAAGAAAUCACAGGGGCUCUUAAAGUACAAGGAAUAGAGCCCACAUCAUUAUUACAAGGAAUAAAAUUUGCAAAGCGUCUAGGUGCCAAGGAGUAUGUGGAGUGUUCCGCACUGAAUAUGAUUGGUAUAAAAAGUGUUUUCCAAAGUGUCGUCGUUACCACAGACCCUGAUCAGAGCAAGCAAAAGGCGCAAGCGAAACGAAAAAGUGGAAAUUAUAGUUGUAUUGUGUCUUGAUAUUUAUUUGAUAUGUACUUUUGCAAUUGAUGCUAUUAUAAAACGCAGCUAUUUGACUGUGGUUACCAUUUUGGCUGUGGUUUCAGUGUCACUGUAAUUUCAUCAUUAUUGCGGACGCUCUUGUGUCCCGGCUGUUUAAUAUGUAUACACAUUGAAUGGCUUGCCUACUGGCAAGCUUUUAGAUAUGUGUUAAUGACAUGACAAGAAAUAUUUUUUUCACACUCUUUCUUCAAGUUUUUGACUUAAGCGCAACAAAAUUUAGAGUUGAACUAUAGACCAGUCAAUAGCACGAACUAUGGAACGGCGAUUUAUAAAAGAAAACGUGUAACAAUAACGUCUCUUAUUUAAGCUAUUUACUGUAAUUUUGUAAUCGUGUUUAUAUUUCCCAGAAUGAACGUGAUCUUGAAUGUGUAUAAAAUGAUUUUGAAUACUAUAGCCUGAAUUUUUACCGAUUAAAAAGUCGUAGUGCAAGUUAUUGUACUAUACAAAGAAUUAUACAACAGGGCAGCGAGACAUACGCGUCACGUGAGCAUCAUCAUCCUUUACGAGAACUGCAGUACAUACAUUCAUACAUCAGUACAUACAUUCAUACAUCAAAAUCGACACAACUUGAGAAAAACGUUUUUUAUUUUAAAUACAAUUUUUUUCGCAUACGUAUGCAUCUUGAGCAACGACUCAACAGUUACUCCUCUAUAGAUGAUGUUGGAACGACUUCUUAAAACUUUAUGAUAUCAGUUAUAUCACAUUUAUGUUUUGACAACGGACAUUAGUCAGUAUUGUAUUAAAGACUUCGACAAUGACUUCAAAGUCCUUGCUUGUAUAGCGUUUUCUGUGAAUGUUUUGUUAAAUAUACAUUAGUGUUUGAAACACUUGUUUUGGCAAACUAUGCAGCCUGUCAAUACCCCAGCUAAUAUCUAAACUCUUGACAUUCCAGGCCGCAGUAAUAUGUAUACUAGUAAUAAGACACCAUUGGAAUUGUUCAUGUUAUAAGCAUAUGUUGAAAAGUAAGACAAAUCACUUUUUAUAUAUAUACUGCAAACGAAUAAACUAAAAUAAAGCUG